AUGAGUGUCUACGUUCCACCUGCCACCAACUCGGGCUCCUCUUGCUCGGGCUCAUGUCAGACGGAAGAUGACCUCAAGUAUGCCUACAUCGGCAAUUACCUAGGUGCACACAUGCUCUCCACUCCAUCGCAUCGAUAUGCCUAUAUCAUGUGGUUCACAAUAGUGGGCUUGCUCUUGCUUGGAAGUGCAAUACACCAUGCUGGAAUUGGCGAUCAGACGUGGGUGGGCGCGUACUGGACCAAAUUCGCGCCAAAGGGUAGAUUGAUAAAGCUUGGCAAGAAACCUCAGCAGACUGUGCGGCAGGCGAUAGCGACAAAGAGGUGGUCGAAGGAGGGCAAAUCAGCAGCUGCAGCGGGUCCAAAGGGCCCCUCAAAGCCCGCGAAACGAUACGUCUUCUCACUUCCCAGCUUCGGAAAGAUCCUCCUCGUGGCUUGCAUGGUGGCGAUUCCCGUGGUACUCAGUCUAGUCGGCGCAGACUACAUCAACCCAAACGAGUCAAUGUUCAACAUGGCUGCCAGUUGGCCCUCGCGGUCAUCCGCUCCUAUGAAAUCAAUAGCACGUCGAGAUGUUCCUCAAUGGGGAAUUGGCAAUUACGUGCCGCUCGACACGACCGUUGCAUACUAUAAUCUGCCCUAUCACACCUGGUGGACCUCGGGUGGUAGAUUUGGCCUGAUGACCAAUGCUCUCACGCCAUUUGUGGUGAUUCUAGCACUCAAGCAGGUCCCCUGGGCAGUCAUGUCCACAAAGCUCUUUGGAAGGUACGCCUUUGAGAAGAUGUCAUUCCUCCACAAGUGGGGUGGUAGGCUCGUCUGGGUGUUCGCUUCCGCCCAUACCAUAGCGUGGAGUGUACAGCUGAGGCUGGACGAGCGCAAUGGAGAGGAGAUCUGGGGUUUCAUCUUCCUCUGGCCAAAGUUCAGGUGGGCUUUUGUCGCAAUGGGCUUCUUGACGCUCCUCACAAUCCUUUCCAUAGGUCCCAUUCGGACCCACUACUAUGAGUGGUUCUACGUAGGCCACAUCAUCUGCGGGAUUGGAUUCAUGGUCGCGACUGCACUGCAUCACCCUCCUCUGGCUGGUUGGAUGUGGGCCUCUCUCACAUGGUGGGGCGCGGAACGAAUCACCAGGGCUCUCAAGGUUGCUUACAUCAAUGGCAUUGGCUUUGCUGGCCGGAAGCCCGAGGCGCAGUCCCUCUCCUCUGCACCCUCUUUGCAAGACGUCAGCAUGGUCAAGGGCGGCUUUCCAGGGCCUCAGUACGGGCCCCCUCAGAACCAAGCCCAAUUCAAGAAUGUGUUCCCCGCCCCUCAGGAGUAUGUUCCUCAUCUGGCACAGGGUGGCCAUCGCCAUCGUGGAACAAUAGACAGUACGGGCGGCCAUACUCAAUCCUCUGCCACUCUGUACGAACCCAGUGUCGCUUCCCACAAUGGCCCUCAUGGAAUCCCAAAGGGUUCAAAUGGCUACUCUCAUCCAUUGGACAAAUCGAGCGCUCUUGAACAAGACUAUAUCCGGGCCGGUAAUGCUGGUGCUCGAGCCACGCUUGGGCCUGGCGAGGAGGACGAGUGGGAUCUGGACGAGGAUGGAGACAAGGUCAGGAAGAGGCCCAGCCGGCGAUACGGUCCUGUGAGCGAGCUUAUCAAGGAGUAUGCGGCUAGACCGAUGUCGAAUAUUCAGGAAGACUCCGCGAGUCCGCACAAGUAUGCCCAUGGCGUCGAUCCUCUCACCUCCAACAUCUCGUCGUAUGACGACAGCACGGAUCUUGCAGAUCACUACGCCCAUUCUCGUGAUCACGGCGACAAUGUCCGUCCGCAAGGUUUCGAGUUGUCGGACCAGACCUUUGCGCCACCGCCAAGUGGAACCUUGUUCCCCCCGCCGCUACCAGUUGCGCGGCCGGUGCGGCCAGCCUUGCCAGCAGAUGUUGCUGCCAUCAUCAAACCUGGCUAUGCCUUUGCUCAGGUGUUGCCUGGAAAGACGCUCAGGCUGACUUUGAGGACGCCAAAUCGAAUGUCGUGGCAGCCGGGGCAGUGGGUCUACCUAAACAUCCCUGGCAUCAGCGGAUGGCAGUCUCAUCCCUUCACGAUCGCUUCUGCUCACGACGCCCAUAUGCCCGAUGUCUCGAGCCGGAGAAAGAAGGGCGGACCUUCGGAUCUGGAAGCUGGCGUGGUCAAGGUGAAAGGUGAAGAGAGGACCAUGGUACUACUCAUUCGUGCCCGCAAAGGCUUCACCCUGAAGCUGUGGGAGCACGUCAAGAAGCAUCGCCAUCGUCAGGUGACAGCUGCCGCUCAGCCUGGUCGCGGAUCUGUUUCGGGAACACUGGGCAAGACUACCACCGGCGUUCAUGUGCGAGCCAUUGUUGAUGGUGCGUACGGGUCUACGGAGCGCGUUCGCUGGGGUAUCCAUUCAACCAUCCUACUGGUCUGUGGUGGCUCGGGAAUCUCCUUUGGCAUCUCAGUUCUGGAACAUCUCUGUGCCUGCCUCAAAGAGGUCAAUGAAACAGGGAAGACCAACCGAGGUGGAAAGAAUUUCAGUGUGCAGAGGAUCCGCUUCGUGUGGGUCUGCAGGGAGUUCUCGCAUCUACAAUGGGUGGCAUCUGCUCUGCGCAGGUGUAUUGAGAUGAUUCCGCCCAAGCAACUGCAGGUGGAUCUCUACGUCACUCACAUCAACAACCAGAUGGCUCGCAGUGGAGGACCGCGUAAUCAGCGCCCGAGUUUGGGAGGUUCCUAUGGCGGUUCUCAGAUGCAGCUUUCGCAGACGGGACUCCACACGCCCAAUGGAUCUGGAACCGCUACUCCGUCUGGCGGUGAGCCAGAGGCAUGGCGAGAUGCUCAAGGCAACGUCUAUCACCGUCCUGCGUACGUGGGUGGCAGGGAGGCCGAGGAGAUGGAGAUGGAGCCCAAUGAGUUCACCGAGUUCGACGAGGACGACAUGGUGGAGCCUGAUGCGGACGAGAUGGCCAUCAAUACGCGGAUCAGAGACGAAGGUAAAUUGCGCAGGGCUCACACCAAAAGGCUCACCUUGAAGCGCAAGGGUAGGCGAGCUAGUAAAGGUGGAAGCGAAGCAAUGAUCCCCGAAGUCUCCCAUGAUGCCGUGUUGGCCGCCAGGAACACCGCGGCCAUGGCCGCUCAAGAUGCAAUGUACCACCGUGCCUCGACGGGUCACUCAUUCCUGCAGAACCAGCCAGGUCAACAAGGUCGGUCAAGGCCGGAUGCAUCGCUUUAUCCUAUGAGUGGAAGCAGAAGACCACAGGCGCCGAGGGCGGAUAGCUCCUUCCUUGCGCCUUACAAUCAGGACUCUGGUAUGCACACUCCCAACUCUGGCACGCACACACCCGAUCCACUAGCGCCCGGAUCCCGUCGCGGAAGCUUGCCUUCCAACGUCGGUCACGGCGGCGAGUGGUCUGACUCUGGAAUACAGACGCCCUUCGGUCACAACGUCUAUGACUCCUUUGCGAGAAGGAGCAGUGCACAUCUCCUUGGCACCGAGAGCGAACAUCACGGCGGUGCUUUGGGGCCAAGUGGAGGUGGUGAAGGUCUAGACAGCGCGAUUGAUCUGGACGAGGAGGAGGAGCAAGACCUGCGCAUCAUUGCCGAAUUGGCACACAUGGGUCAUCCUCGUCUAGACCAGAUCAUCGGUGAUGAGACCAAGUAUGCUCAAGGUCGCACACUGGUAGCCAGUUGUGGACCGGGAAACUUGAGCAAUCUCCUCCGAAGAAUCGCUGUUAAGCAUGUGGACCCGGCGAGGAGUAGGAAGGGGGACAAGAGGGGUGAGGUGAAUCUUUGCAUGGAGAGCUUUGAGUGGGGUGGAUCGUAG